AGUGUUCAGGGUAUGAACAUUCUGACAGUUCUUGGUGUAGUCAAAAUAACGUUGGCAACAUGUACACUCUGACAGUUCUUGGUGAAGUCAAAAUAAGACUGAGGGUAUCAGUCUCAUUUUGACAACUCCAACGAAUGUCAAUUUGUGCCAUUCUGGCACUGUUUUCAUCGUGUUCCUGUUGCCAGUCUAAUUCUGUCUACUCCGAGAACUCUCUUCCAUGCCCUGUUAGCUUUUUCUGGGAGUACAAGUUUAAGUGAUAACACAAACUGAAAAGUGGUUGAACUUCAAGGACUAAAAUAUCACCAUGGAUCUCUCCGUGAGCCAGAAUGAUGCGUGGUUACCACGGACACCAGAGACACGACUCUCUGUCUGACGCAGUGUUCUCGGAGGACGAGUUCUACCAGCAGGAUUUUUAUUCCCCAAAUCAACAGGAUUUUUAUUCCCCAAAUCAACAGGAUUUUUAUUCCCAGAAUAAUUAUAAUUAUUCUGUCACAAACUCAACAACUUCGCUUCAAGAUGUAUUCUAUUCUUCGCAGAGUACAGUGCGAGAAGUAGUGUCGCCGACUGUGUCGAACUAUAGCACGUACUCGCACGAAGUGAAAUACAUAUUCGACCCAAACUUCGGAAACAUGCAGCAAAGAUCAAGGUCUCAUUCGAACAUAAAGCUGAGUUCCACCCCAGCCCAUGUGAUGGAUUCUCCAGACAUGGGGGGUAACUCCGUCGAAGAUGACUACUCCCACAUUCAGCAUCCAAAUACCGGUAGAAAGCCUGCUGUCCAGCGAAAGUCCAGUAACUCCAGUCAGCUCAGUUACAGGAGCCAAAGCAAUUUAACCAAAGAUCAAGGUCAAGGUCACGCUAAGAAUCCUCCGCCCCCACCUCCUCGCACCUCUAGCUCCACCUCUUCCCAGAAUUCUCAUCAAGGGGAUGCAACCCUGAGCCCCAGAAAGCCGGGACUGUCACACUCCAUGUCAGCGUCAUACUCCUCCUACUACUAUCCGCAGAAUCAGGGUAGAAGAAAAACAUGGUCGCCUGAGGAACUUUUUGGGGUCGGUUCGACUCCCGUGAUCGCUCGAAGAAACCAGCGUCUGCGGGCCUACUCUAAUGAACAGCUCGGGGAUGCAGCACCAAUGGACCCAAGGGAGAGGUCCCUGACCAUGGAUACAAGAACUUUCGGCAUGGAUUCUCGGUCUGUUGUCAUGGACCAUCGAUUGGUUGCUAUGGAUACAAGGCCCGUGGCUAUGGACACCAGGCUGGUUUCUGGGGAUACAAGGCCAGUUUCUAUGGAUGCUAAGCCUGUUGCUAUGGAUGCUAGGCCAAUUGCUAUGGAUACAAGGCAAGAUGGUCGGGAGCAAGAGCCUAUCUACGAGGAGCUAGAGGCAGGGCCGCCCAAACUUACCCCAGUCAGUGGCAUGCUGAACAGGUCUCCUGGUCGCGGCAUCGUCAAGCCGAUAGCCUUCAAACCGGUAAUGAUGACUCAGCGCCCAGCAACCACGCCCUCGAAGCCAUACGGCGAUCACCCGCGCAAAUACUCAAAUAACGACGAUGGUUACGGGUCCCAGGACUAUGGGCAGAUGGGACACAACGUCUCCAACCUGUCUCACGGGUCCGGCUUCUCGCAUGUGGACUUUGACAGGUCUGCAAGUUUCUCAAGCGACUGUAACAGGACUUCUGAUAGGUCUGAUUCUGUGGCAGCCUCACACACAACUCGCUUAUCAACCAAUCAGAUUGAUGGUUAUGUCCAGACCCCAUCUCCUAGUGACAGUGGUGUAGGUGAACUGGAGGCCAUCUUGAAAGAAAAAGAUGCUGAGAUUAAUACACUGAGAGACGUAAUGGAUAAAAAUGAGCGUGCAAUUUUUCAAGUGUAUGAGGAGAAACGAAACGGGUGGGUCCGUGAGAUUCAAGUCAUUCGUGAUGAAUACGAAAGCAAACUGAAACAAAUUCAACGAAAGCAAUAUAAAAGUGAGCAAGUUCUUAACCUACAAGUGUUCAAAUUGCAGCAGGAUAAGAAAGCAAUGAAAGAAGAGUAUGAUAAACUGUACGCAGAGAAGGAAGAUUUGGUAUUGAAAUGUGAGGCGUUUGCUGAGGAAACCAACCGACUUCAGGCACAAAUGGACGACGCAACUUGGCAAGGUAGGCGUCCUAGCAACAAUGAUGCGAGCGGUCUUCAAAAACAGGUGGACAGACUUACUGGUCAGCUGAAAGAGAAAUCAGAAGAGGUACUAAAGUUACAAACCAGUAUGAGUGACUUGAAAUCCAAACUUGAUAUUUCGAAUGCAAACCUUGAAAGCCACAAUUUGCAUCAGGAAACUUCCUCUGAAAGCUUACAUAGAAUAAACUACUCAGGUUCGAACAUGGAGCCCGACAUACCACUGUGCCAUUGCGAGAAACAAAUACAAACAGACUUCUUGAAAUUGCGAUCUCCUGAAAGGGAGACCUUGAAACCUUCGUUGAUUUGCGAACGAGAUCGUGAGUUGACUGUGCUACGUGAGGAAAUAGAUAAACUGCGACUUGAAAUGCUAGUGAGCAAGGAAGAACAUGAUAAGGAAAAGGAACAAUGGCUGGAAGAGAAGAAUAAAGUGAUCAUGUACCAGAAGCAGCUGCAGCUCAACUAUGUGCAGAUGUUCCGCAAGAACAAAGUUCUGGAAGCUGAGGUCGAACAGCUGACCUUGGAACUCGAGUCUCGAGAUAUGAAACUCAUGGCCUUGAAUGGGGAAGAGAGUGUGUGUUGACACUCAAAACUAGAGAGUAACAUGGCCUAAAGUUUAACUUUCAUUGGAAUGUGUUCUUACAUUUUAUCUUUUUUUCUUGAGGCAUGAAACAUGCGGAAUUAAAAUCUGACACAUUGUCUUUUAUGGAGGAAAAUGUGUUUGCUGGUAUCUGGACUUGUUUUGAGACAGGAAGCUCAUGACCCUUAUCUUGUAAGAAAGUGUUGAUGACCAUAGGGGCCCAAACUCAUACAGCUCUGUAGGAAACCUUAACUAUAACAUUUUACACAAUUCAGUGUAUAGGUCUUUUCAUAUUGAAAUUUUUCAAACAAGUUAUUAUCCACACAAUUGAUAUUGUAUCUCUUUGAAGUUCUUGAGUUAUUUGAAAGUUAAACUUAACCAUGUAUGUUGUGAUAUCCUUCAACGUUGUGUAAAUACCUGCUUUGACUCCAGUCUUGAGGCAUGAAAUUCAUGGCAAUUGACGGGAAAAUGAACAGGAAUAGAAUAUGCCGGAUCUUUUAUUGUAGACCGAAGAAAAUACUCUCAAUGCCUUAACAUCCCUUGAUGUAUUGUGAUGAUCGUAACAGCAGGGUUUACUUCAUUUGUAAUAGUAAUUAAAUCUGGAGAAAAAUGUUAUAAAAAGGGUUGUAUUUCUUAACAUAGAUUGUGUUGUGACUGUAUAAUUACUGGUGUUUGAGAAAUACAUUGAAAGGGAGAUAAAUGUAUAAUUUUAAAUUAACCAGCUGUUACUGGAGUUAUUUCCCAUGUAUUAAGAAAAAAAUAUUAAAGGGAAAUUAUUUGCGUACUAGUCAAUUAUAUUUGCUUAUUAUUUAAGUUGUAAAACGAUGUGUUUGAAUAUGUAUAUUGUAUUACACUUACAUUUUAUUUAUGAGAAAAUGCAGUGCUAUACAAUUGAUAUACGAAAAUGCAGUAUGUACAAUUGCAAAACAUGAAUUUCUGCAAUUGAGUAUCCGUAUUUUGAUAUUUUUAGAUCUUAAAAAGAAGUUAAAUUGUUAACACUUGUAUUGUUACUUUUUAAUUCAAAUAGAUAAAAAACUGAUUUGUAUAACUUCAGUGUUAUUACACUCCUCUAAAAUAUUUGUAAACCUGAUUGGUCAGUAAUGUUUAUAUUCUUGUUUUGGCAUUUUUAAUUUGAUAACUUUUAUAUUCAUGAGCUUACAUUGGUAACGAUUUUGUUCAACCAAUUAAAUUUAUUUUGUUGACAUAAGAUUUGUUUUAUCAUUGUUUGCCACAGGAUGGUUGCUAUAACUUUGUGAUUGUUAGAUAUUUUCUUGUGCACAUUUUGUUUUGCCCAGAGGCAAAAAGGCAAAACACUACUUUUGUAUUUGCAUAAACAAAUAUUAAAAUAUUACAAAUCUGAA